CUACGGAGUACGGAGCACGCUCACAGGUAGUCGCAGGGAGCUUGGGCCUUCGGUUCAAGCACUUGCAGCAAGACUCCAAACCGGCAUCGUCACCGUCAUCCACUUAUCAUAAGCUCCAGCUCCACAACCCAACGCAGACCUCACUCGUGCGUGCAGCUCAGCCAAUUUUGCCGUCGUCUGCUGUUGAUCCGAUCCGACCCAACUUGCUCCAACACUGAUUCCAUUGUCUCGUGAGGUCUACUCUGUCAGCGAAAUAUGAACAGGACGGAUCUCGAGGCCGCUGUGAAAAACGUCCUCCAGGACCUCCCGGAAACAGCAGCACCACGAUCACAAUGGCCUACGGGUGAUCCACGUAAGCAAACUGCAAUCGAGACCAGAUGCUUCGAGGAUGGUGCAACGAUCCACUUUGAGAACCUCGCUCCUUUGCAGAGCUGGGCUCCUAUCGUUGGCAUGGAUAUGAGAAAGCGGACUGGCUUCGUUGUCACAAAUGCAGUCAGGCUUGCCGUCGAAUCCAAUCUCAAAUUGACACAGGCAGAGAUCGAUGCCAUAUCCGAAUCUUGCGCCAAGAAUUACAACCGUGGCGCUUGGGCUUCGCCAAUGGCCACGGUCCUCACCGCUGCAGCUGUCUAUCAAGGCCGGGACAAGUUCAGGUUUCCCUUCUACACCCCGACCGAUUCUUGGUUUAACUCUCAGUCCUUCCCUACUAAGCGCUGGGCUUUCAUCAAAGGGCCUUCUGCAACUUACGCAUGGCAUGCCUUCAGGUUUAUGGCAUAUUAUCCUCUGAUUAAACUCGCUACAACUCUCUUCUACUCCUCUGUGAUCAGGAUGAGCUUGGCCGCCGACAUGUUUUCCGAUCGGAGAAUGGCUCGAGUUAACGAUGCCAUCAUGCACAAAAUUGCCCCCAACCGGCCGACAAGAAGGACGCCGCAGUCUCAGCCCGGGCACCAAGGAUCAUCAGGCCAGCCCGUCGAGCAGUCCGACGCCCAGCGAAGAGACGAUAGCUACCGCAGGGUUGGUCUCCCUCCACCUCUACCUGAGGAGGUGAGUCGGAUGGCUCGCCAGGGACGUGUGCCAGAAGAGCAGCAGGAUGCACAAGAACCAGUGUCGUGGGGUUCUAGCGAGCAGUCACAGUCGGUCUCCCAAACUGACCAGUCAUCUCCCGGACGAGGUGGCAUCUUUGGCAGACAAACAUCCCCUACAUCACAAACGUCCAGCUGGGGCGGAGCAGUAUCUCAGGAUCAGCCGAGGCAAUCUGAGCAAUCAAGUUCUUGGGGUGAUUCUGAACUCUUUGAAGACGACGCAUCCCCCGUCUCCGCAGCCGCCAGACGUGCGGAGGAAGCAGCACAAUCUCAGGCACAAUCACCAAGUGCUUCCAGAGCUUCUGCAUGGGAUAGAGUGAGACAGCAGGCCAAGUCUGAUGCGGCUCCACCUGCAAAAGGAAAUCGAUCGAGUCAAGACACGACGUGGGGCCGUUUACGGCAAGACUCAGCGCCCACAGACAGAGACCGCGACAGGACGCCACCAAGCGAAAGCUAUAGCUACAACGAGGCGGAUGAGGCUAAAGACUACGCCAGGAGCCAGGCGCAGAAGGAGUUCGAUGCCAUGCUAGAAGCAGAAAGGAAAGGAGAUCCCAACAGUGGUAACAAAUGGUGGAAAUAAGCCGCUGGUUGUCAUCCUUAUGGCAAUAUCACUGGAGAACAAAUUGCGCAUAUGCUAUGUAGUAUGAUAUCUAACACACAGACCCUCUCAAUUAUCCAAAGAUGGAGAGAUAGACGGCAAACCUCCCAAGUACAACGACUCCAUGCUGCGAUUAUUGUAUACAACAUACUUCAGAACG